UAACACUACCCAAACACGGGGAGUGAACAACAAAAGCCGAGAGAGCAUGCAACGGCAGUAUGCACUUCGCUGAGGAGAUUGUUUGUCUUCCCCUCAAUUGUUGACCCAAUUUUACGCUGACAAGAUUGCGAGGACGGUGUCAACACAGGAACGUCCCGAAUCCGUGACAGCCAUACCGGACUCUGUUUGUUAUUAUCGUUCCUGCUGACAGGGGAACGUAGCGGGAAACCCCGUGGAAAGUUUUGAGGGGUGUGAGGAUCUGAUCUAGCGUUGAAUUAUGCUGAAAGGUCGGAAAGGGAAUCGCAAAUCUAGAAGGAAAGGGCCUGGGAAAAAUAAUGAUGAAUUAGAGGGGGCGGGGAGCUCAAAGGAAGUGGCCAAGAAAGAGACAGUGCAGUGUAAGCCCUGUAGUGUAAUCCUCACAGACAUCCUCAAGGAGAGACCAGAACUCAGAACCAUGUCCACAGACACCAGAACGGCCAUGGAAGGCGCUUCCAGGCCGCUAUCAGUUGCCAGCCAACCUGUCAAAAGGCAGGUGGCGAAGAAGUCCACGAGCAAGCCAGCUGGAUUCCAGGCCAAGCUGAAUGCUAUGGCUUCAUCGAGAGAGCCGCCGAAGAAAACGCCACGACUCGAGACUUCGCCGGAGAUUGCUGUACAGAAGAAGACUCCUGCUGUCAAAGAAGAUGCAGCCUGCAGGAGUGCAGCUUCUUCAGGUGAAAGUGUGGACAAGCAAUCUCUGGGUUCUUCUUCUUCCUCUUCUUCGUCAAAUCAUUCCAAGCCACCUCAGGCCAACAAAGAUGCCUCUGCUUCACAGAAGGAAUGGCCUGUUGUGGCCAAGAAGUCGACCCAUUCCAUAAAGCGAAAGCUUGCACAGAAAGAAGCGCAACUGAACGGGGGGGAGAAACCGAAAAGCCAAGCCACAAACUCUGCGUCCAAAGAUGAAGUCAAGUCUUCGGCAUCUUCUAGUACUGCUCACAAGGUAGAGAAUAAGAGUACUCCUCACAAGGAAGAGAAUAAGAGUGCUAAGCCAGCAAUGCCACCAAGUGCAUCUAGUACAUCCAGUACCCCUAGUACCGCCAGUACAUCAACAAAAGAGACCAAAACUCAAAGUAGCACUGCCACAACUAAUGGUCAAAAGCCUAAGAAAAAGUGCAGCUCGCUUCGAAGUUUGAGAGCGAACGAGUUGAUGACCAGUUCCUUAGAUCUUGGAGUUGUGCCCAAAAAGGCUGCCACUGUUGAAAAGCCAACAGACAAACCAGCUUCCACGUCACUACAGGAAAAGGCCUUGUGUUCUGAUAAGACACUACUUUCAACAGCCACAAACGGUAAAAUUCCAGUUAACCAGAAGGAAGACAAAAAGUCAAAUGUGCAACAUGUUAAAAGCGUUGAAUAUGUUGACAGGGUUACAACUGAGACAGGAAACACUUCAAAGUCUGGUCCUGAAAGAAAAUCUGCAGCCCCAACUGUAACCAGUCUAAAGGAGGCAACAAAAGAGGAGAUUGAUCUAAAACAAAAGGUUUCACCAAAAGAAGAGCUUUCCUUUGGGCUAGAGAUUUCUUCAAAGCAAGUUAACUCUCUGAAUGAAGGGAAUCCUUCAAAGCAAGAAAUUUCUUCAAAGGCAGAGGAUCCGCCAAAGCAAGAGGCUUCAAAGCAAGAGGUUCUGCCAAAGCAGCCUCCAAAGCAAGAGGUACCCCCAAACCAAAAGGCUCCUCGAAAGCAAGAGCUUCUGCCAAUGGAAGAUGUCCCUCCAAAACAAGAGACUCCUCCAAAACUAGAAGUUCCCCCAAAACAAGAGACUCUUCCAAAACAAGAGACUCUUCCAAAACGAGAGAUCCCUCCCAAACAAGAAGUUCCACCAAAACAAGAAGUUCCACCAAAACAAGAAGUUCCACCAAAACAAGAGGCUCCUCCAAAACAAGAGGCUCCUCCAAAGGUAGAGAUUCCUCCAAAGCAAGAGACUGCAAAACAAGAGGUUCCUCCGAAGCAAGAGAAUACAAAGCAGGUUAUUUCUUCAAACCAAGUGUUUCCACCAAAGCCAGAAGUUUCGACAAAGCCAGAGAUUUCGACAAAGCCAGAGAUUUCGACAAAGCCGGAGAUUUCAACAAAGCCGGAGAUUUCAUCAAAGGAAGAAAUUCCCUCAAAACAAGAGUUUAGCUCAAAGCAAGAGAUUUCCUCAAAGCAGGAGGCUGCUCCAGGACAGAAGGUACCACCACAGACCAAUCAACUCUCUGCACCAGUCACUGAGACCCUUACUUUACUGGACUAUGCAGCUAUGCCAACAAACCAGCCUGUUCCUUUAACUGCUCCAGCUUCGACCACAAGCAACCACAAGAUGCCAGCACCAACCCAGCAUGAGUCUAAACCAGCCGAACAUGAGGUGAUGGCUUCAACUAGUCCAGCAGAGUCUGUUCCAGUAAAGCAGGCUGUUUCUGUACCAGAUCAGGCGUCUGUACAAAAACAGGUUGUUGUAGCCUCUACUCAGCAGGUGCCUAUCUCUCUCCCUACUCCUGCCAGUAAAGAGUGCUCUGUACAACAAGUCAUUCCUUCUGUUAGCCAGACAUUGGUCAAGCCAACCAAGGCAGCGGCAAACGUGUCUUCGGUCUCAUUCCAACCCGUGGCUAUGCCAGUCAGCCACGUUUCUCUGCCAGUUGUGGCUUCUCCAGUUAAGGUGUUUAAAGUUGAGGUGGUGACAGUUGACCAGGCAGUCGCUACAGCCAACCAGCUUUCCGUGCCAAGAAUCACGUCGGCACACCAAGCGCUCGCUUCACUCGCACAGAAAGUGGCCGCCUCAAGCGCCCAGGUUUCUGGUGCAGCCAGGAACGCACCUCUGGCUGCCCAGGACACUCCUACCUCAGGCAAACCUGUGACUGUCUCGGCUCCUCUGCAGCCUGCUCAAGCUGUACAGAAGACCACAGCAGCCAAUGAAGUUUCUACCACACCCCAACAAGCCCCCUCAUCAGCCACACAAGCUCCUUCUGCUUCUGAUAGCCAACCUAUGGAGGUAGACAGAUCUUUAGCCACAAAAGCUUCUUCUACUUCUGGAAGACAACCAGUAGAGGUAGACAGAUCUUCGGUCACAAAAGCUUUUACUGCUUCCUCGAGCCAACCGAUGGAGGUGGACAAUUCUUCUUCUUCAUCCAAGCCACCCUCUGGUUCGGUGAAGGAAGUGCCAGCUGUAAGUCGAAGUAGGGAGACUCCUUCUCCUCCAGAUCAGCAGGUUUCUAAACCAGAACUGGUCAAACAGAAAUCUUCUGCUCCAGUCCAGAAUGAUGUUGCCUCGAAUAGCGCAAUCUCUGCUCCCACAAAAUGCAUUCCGUCACCAGUAAAUCAGACUUUGUCAUCUGGAAGCAAGGUGCCUUCAUCUUCAUCGUCUAAAGAUGCCCCAGGCCAGACCAAGCAGCACCAGUCAAAUCCAGCGAAGACUUCCACAAGAGGGACCAGUGAUCCUUAUGCGUCCAGACCUCCGCCACCUCUCAUACCAGUGCAGAAUACAGUGCCAUGUGCCACGGUGAAGGGGACCAAUAAAACAGGUGCUGCCAACAACCCAAGUGAGCCAACUUCCAGACCUGCUGUGGAAAGUGAGGUGGUAAUUGUGGAAGCAUCAGAACCACAAGAUACAUCAUCAAACUCUGGGAAGAGCAGUCCCCCCAGUCAGCCUUCUAGCACUUCCUCCCCUUCAAUGGCUGCAACUAGUGAUGCUGGCAGUAACAACCCACCAAAAAGCAGUACCCCUCCUAAGAGCAGCACCCCACCUACCAACAAACUAACAGUUGGCCCAGAUACUAGGCAGCAGCCACAGACCAAACCAGAUGCGGAACCUGUUGCCAUUGUUAUUGAUGAUACUCCGCCAACAACACGAGAUCAGUCCUCUGCAGUACAGCAAGAUCAUGGUUUGCCUGGAGGGAAGAAGAGAGAGGGAGAGCCAAACCCUGGACGGCAAGAUGCGAAGAAGCCGAGGUUGGACAACAGUGCUUCUCCUGCGUUUGUCAAUAAAACUGUGGCAACUGUUGCAGGUGAGCUUGUUGACAGUACAAGCAGCCAGACUGUCAGGCAUGUUCCAGCCAGUGCUCCAGUCACCAGAGUUGUGGGGACUAACACCACCUGGGCAACCCAGCCCCAACAACUGUUGGGGAAGGAGGAACUCAAAAAGAUGGUAGAAGAGAAGGUGGCCCAUUGCACAGCCAAGGCGACAAGCCAGAUGAAACAGUUCCAGGACAGAGUUGCCAAGCUGACCAAAGUGUGCAAAGGCUGGGAGGAGUAUGCCAGGAAGCUCCAGCAAAAACUGGUGACGAUGAACCAGGAGCAGGAUAGGUUAAAGAAAGAACUGAAGAGACGGCGAGCUCUGGGUUCCAGGCCGGUGGAAGUGGGUGUACAGGUGGACCUGAUACCGCAGCCCACAGCGCAAGUUUCGAGUUCCCAAACUUCAAGUAGACAGACUGUGAGCUCAACAUCAGCCCAAAAUCCUGCGGCUGACAGCAGUGCCCCCAUGCACUCUGAUGUGGCACUGCAGCCGAACACUGUAACAGUAACUGCACCUCAGCCAGCUCUGGUGGGUCUGCACAACUGUGUUUCACAGGUCACAGUGGCCGUCUCCAGGCAGCAGCAAAUUGCGCCGAAGCCUCCUGCUCCUGUCGUGCCUGCCUACAACCAACCCCCUCCUGUCCAGCGGGUAACCACGGCAACCGUUUCCACGGCAGCCGUUCCCAUGGCGACAGUGCAGGCCCCCAACGUCACGAUUGUCCAGCCUCCAGUACAGGCGAGGAAGAACAUGAUGGUGAAGGACCUGAUCGGGGUCCAGAGAGCAGGGCCACCUCAGCCUCAGCCUCCCAUUCAGGCAAGGAAGAGCCACAUGGUGAGAGAUCUGAUCAGGGCCCAGAAGGAGGGGCCACCACAGCCUCAGGUCUUCUUUUAUUUCUUCAAUUUUUUUUAUUGCAUUUCACAAAAAGAUAUAUAACAGAAACUGAAAAAAGAACUAACUAGCAUUCCAUA